UUAUUUUAUGUCAUUUAUAGAUUUAGAUAUCUACCUCACACAAGUGACUUCAAGCCAAUUAUCCAAAAUGAAACACACACAAAAGUUCACAUUUUUGUUUUGGCAUUGAGAAUACAAGAAAUACAACUAUACAAGUUACAUACAUACAUUUGCAAAGAAGAACAAAGCAAACCCUCAUCCUUUGAUCUAUCGUGUCUUUCUCUCCUUGUCUCUGCUUCUCCCUAGGUUGGUUGUUUGCUUUUUCUUAUAAUAAAAAUAAUUAACAAUCACUUCUUUAGAAACCCCCAAAACUUUCAAAACAAUAAUAUUGUCUUCCCAUUUGCCGAUUCUUUGUUCAAUUUACCCAUCUCCUUGAUCCCUCAAUUUAUUGAUUCAAUUGUGAAUUUGUUACUGGGUUGGAUUUAUUUCAUUUCUUGAUUGGGGUAACAAGUUUGCAACAACGUUUGGUCCAAAUAGGUUGUACGUCAGGUUUAUGUAUGGGCUGACUUGUGCUUUUCAUGGGAGGUGAAGAGAAUGGACAACCACCCUCAAAGCGGCUGAGAUUAUCUUGUUCAGGAUCAAGCAGUCUUUCAAGUGGCUUAACAGCUGAAGAAACCGUUGCUGCUGGCUCUUUGAGGGAUUUGAUGGCCCGACCGAUACAAUGCCAAGGGGAAGAAGAAGUGAUUGGUUCAAGAGGUGUUAUAAAAAAGCUCGAAUUUGUUCGACUAAUAGCUAGUGCAUUAUAUGCGCUCGGUUAUGAACGUAGUGGUGCGUGUCUUGAGGAAGAAUCUGGUAUACCAUUGCACUCAACAUCAGUAAAUCUGCUUAUGCAGCAUGUUCUUAAUGGGAAUUGGAAUGAAAGUGUUUUGAUGUUGCAAAACAUUGGUUUAGAUGAUCUGAUUAUACUAAAAUCAGCCAAGUUUUUGAUCUUGGAACAAAAGUUUUUUGAGCUUUUAGAUGAUGGAAAAACAAUGGAAGCUUUAAAUACAUUGAGGACUGAAAUUUCACCUCUACAAAUUAAGACAAGUAGAGUACAUGAACUUUCUUCUUCUAUUCUUUACCACCCGCAGAGUCAAAAGGGCUUUGUUCCGAAGGACUCACUGAAAGCCAAAAUGCGCUCCGAAGUUCUUGAUGAACUGCAGAAACUGCUUCCUCCAGCAAUAAUGGUACCUGCUAGAAGACUGGAAUCUCUUGUGGAACAGGCCUUGAAUUUGCAGCGUGGGGCCUGCAUAUUUCACAACUCUUCAGACUCGGAGAUGUCAUUGUAUGCUGACCAUCAUUGUGGACGAGAUAAUAUUCCUAGUCGUACUUUGCAGAUUUUAGAAGGGCACAAAGAUGAAGUGUGGUUCUUGCAAUUUUCUCAUAAUGGGAGAUAUUUGGCAUCUGCAUCUAAUGAUCGGUCAGCCAUUAUAUGGGAGGUAGGUGUCAGUGGUGAGCUUUCUCUUAAGCAUCGAUUAUGUGGCCACCAAAGAGCAGUUUCUCAAGUUGCAUGGAGCACAGAUGAUCAACAACUUCUCACCUGUGGAAUGGAAGAAAAUGUACGUCGGUGGGAUGUUUUAUCAGGCGAAUGCUUUCAAGUAUAUGAGAAGGCUGGUAUUUCUGUCAUCUCCUGUGCAUGGUCUCCUGAUGGGGAGUCUGUGUUUGCUGGCUUUUCGGAUAAAAGCAUAGGCAUGUGGGAUCUGAAUGGGAAACAGUUGGAGUGUUGGAAGGGACAACAUACACAAAAAAUUUCAGACCUGGAGAUAACACGUGAUGGCAAGCAAAUCAUAAGCAUGUGCAGAGAAACAUCGAUAUUAUUGUUGGAUAGAGAAUCCAAAACGGAGAAGUUAAUUGAGGAGGAUCAAGUAAUAACUUCAUUCUCCCUCUCGAACGAUGGAAAAUUUUUACUCGUAAAUCUUCUUGAUCAGGAAAUCCAUCUGUGGACCAUUGAUGGUGAUGUUAAGCUCGUUACCAAGUACGAAGGCCAUAAACGGUCCAGGUUUGUAGUUAGAUCUUGCUUUGGUGGGCUUGAACAAUCUUUCAUAGCCAGUGGGAGUGAGGACUCACAGGUUUAUAUCUGGCACCGAAGUUCUGGGAAGCUUGUCGAUAUUUUGCCAGGUCAUUCUGGAGCUGUCAACUGUGUGAGCUGGAAUCCCGUAAACCACCACAUGCUAGCAACUGCUAGUGAUGACCGUACAAUACGGAUAUGGGGCUUGAAUGGGGCGAAUAUCAGGCGAAAGGUUUCGCAAAGCAAUGGCGUUCAUCAAUGCAAUGGAAAAUUAUGAAAGCAUUUCCUACACGGAGCCAUUGGAAACAAACAAGGCAUGCGUCUUCGAAUUUAUUUCUACAUCAUUGCUUUCAUGUAAAUUUUCGUUAGACUCGUCUCAAGUGAAUAUUCAUGCUGAUAAAAUUAUGACUUAACCUUUUAUUAUGACAUUUGUUUUGGCAUC